AUGGAGCUGCUCCGCGGGGCUGCGCUGCUGCUGCUGGUGGCCGCCGUGUGCUGGGCUCAGCAGGACCAGAGUUGUACAUGUGCCAACAACAAACGCACAAUCAGCUGCACUAACAAUUCCGGUAUCUGCGAGUGUACAUCCAUUGGGUCACAAGUCACAAUCCAGUGUGACACACUGACUUCAAAAUGUCUGCUGAUGAAGGCAGAAAUGGCUGCCUUAAAGAAGUCUGGUCGUAGGGAGAGACCAAAGUAUGCAUAUGUAGACAACGAUGGCAUUUAUGAUCCUGACUGUGAAAACAGUGGCAUCUUCAAGGCUAGGCAGUGCAAUGGAACUUCCUGCUGGUGUGUGAACAGUGCUGGAGCAAGAAGAACUGAAAAGGGUGACACAAACUUUCAGUGCAGUGAACUAGUCAGAACAAGCUGGAUCAUCAUUGAAACAAAACAUGCUGAGAGAAGUACAGCUGUGGAUCCUUCUCGUUUGAAGGAAACCAUCAAAAAUGAAUUUAACACGCGUUACUUGCUGAAUCCAAAGUAUAUAAAUGAUGUUCUGUAUGAAAACCCUUAUAUCACUAUUGAACUGAAGCAAAAUGUUUCCCAGAAGUCUGGCAAGGAUGUGGAUAUAGCUGAUGUGGCGUACUACUUUGAAAAAGAUGUCAAAGGUGACUCUCUACUUCAGAAUGGCAUGCUACAGAUUAACAUCAGUGAAGAACCUCUAAAAUUUGAUCAAGCUCUAAUCUACUAUGUUGAUGAAAAGCCACCGGAGUUUUCCAUGAAACGUCUGACUGCUGGCGUUAUUGCCGUCAUUGUAGUGGUGAUACUAGCAAUUGUUGCUGGAAUUGUUGUACUGGUUAUCACUAGGAGAAGGAGAGGAAAGUAUGAGAAGAGUGAGGCAAAGGAAAUGAAUGAAAUGCAAAGAGAACUAAACCCAUAA